AUGUCGACAUUCUCCAUACAGGCCUUCUACAAGAAGGAGCUUCCGACUUCGUCAGAAGCUGCGUCAACUGUAAGAUGGCCACUGAAAGAUGAUGGCUUUACACAAGCAGAGAUUGAUGCUGGUAACAAUCCUCUUGCUCGUCCGUGGAAUCCGUCAGAGGACUACGAGGAGGUCUGUAUCGGCGACAUUCAACCGGGCCCGAAUCGCAUCCGUUUCACCGGCCGUGUAGUCAACUACGCUCCGGCCUUGCUCGACUCCAUGAACACUUAUAGUCGCCCGACUCAUCAGUUGAUUGUCGCAGAUGACACAGGCGCUAUAGGGGUCAGACUCAUACCUAUCGGUAUUCCAGUUUCUCUUCUGGUUAUAGGACAGCUUGUCACCGUUUGGGCCAGCUGGACAGGUACCGCGGCUGGUUCGAAUCAUGGCAACAUCCCCUUUGUCACAAUGUAUACACCAAUCAACCCGGCAGACGUAGGCACGAAACAGUUCAUCCAGUUUCUGCCUAAUACUCCAGAGAACGAACGACUCUGCCGGGUACCCUUAGAGUACAACGACUACGGACAGAAGUCGAAGCUACUCCCUGGUCUGAUGACUUUACGCCAAUAUCUAAAGACGGGACAUGACACCCGAGGAGCACGCAUCAUCGUCUGCAUUAAGAGCAUCGGCGCCCGUAAACGCAUUCUAAUGCAAGAGCGUAUGAAAGAGGCGGAGCUGAUCGAAAUCAGCGUGUGUGACGAUACCGCUAGCUGCGUACUGACUCUCUGGGAAGACAAGGCCAACUCCGCCAAGUUAUGGAAGCCUAACGAGACCAUUUUGCUUCUGACGAGCCCAAAGUUCGUGCCUCCCAGAGACACCAAGCCAAUGCCUUCAACCGCCCGCAUCAGCCUGAACUACAACACUAUCGUUGACGUCAAUCCGAACUUCCAGGAUGCCAAUUGGCUUCGUGGAUGGGUUACGAACAGAGUCAAGGAGGAGGGCGUCUAUUUACCCUUCCCGAAAGGCGUCUGGAAUGCAGCGGAGGCCGUUCAUGGGCCCGUCCGGCCGCUUUUUACGCUCGCUGAGGUGGACGACUUCGCCUGCGCCGACCCAGCCACCGACUUCACCGGCAAACUGAGUCUUACUAUCCUUGGAACCAACCUGCUUGAGCUCCAUCGAAGAAAGAUGAUAUUUUGUAUCGAGUGGUAA